CGAAACGGCGCCGUAUGACCGCCUGCACCCCAGCAAAAAGGCCGAGCUACGCGCACAGAGGCGCGUUCUAGAUCCUUCCGGAACUCCGAGUUCUUAAAGUCCUAGACUCCGCGCCGGACGCCGGAAUCGUUCAUUCGCUCUACCGUUCGAAAACAGAACAAACCUAUAUAACAGCGGAGACAGCGCGCGUGCGGCCGUCUUCCCUUCUUCAUUUGCUUCUCCAACCCGCAAUAAACCUCAUAAAGUCUCGUUUGCUUGGUCGCUGGGUCGCCUCUCAGGUCUUCGACGGUCGCGGAUACAGUUCAACUCAUCGAAGUGUUUUAGCCGCUUCUUUCUAAUAAUAUGGCGGAUCAGCAUGCUGCCGAGGGUUCCAGUACGAGCAGAGUUCUUGGUGAAAGUUCAGACUCCACCGUUGAGAUUAAUAUCAAGACUCUAGAUUCACAGAUUUACAGCUUUCAUGUGGACAAGAAUAUGCGAGUUUUGUCAUUCAAGGAGAAAAUAGCCAAUGAAGUUGGUGUUCCGGUUGGGCAACAACGGCUGAUCUUUAGAGGAAAGGUUUUAAAGGACAAUCACCUUCUUUCAGAGUAUCAUGUGGAAAACGGGCAUACAUUACAUUUGGUUGCAAGGCAGCCAGCCCAAUCACAAGGUACCUCCAGUAACAGCUCAGGAGAGACAAAUGAGAAUAACAAUGGUCAAGGAAGCGAUGCCAGUGCUGGAGGCCCUCGUAAUCGUGUUGGUCAAAUUUCACACAGUGUAGUUCUUGGGACCUUUAAUGUUGGUGACCAGGUUGAAGGUGUUGUGCCAGACCUCACCAGGGUGAUUGGGGCGGUUUUGAAUUCUCUUGGAAUUGGGAACCAGAUGACAGCAAAUGGUGUUGGUGGCGGACAAGCUAAUGUGCAAGCAAAUGCUCCAGUUCAGGCUCCUCAAGGGAAUGGAGCAGAUGGAACACGUGGUAAUGUUGGUGGUCAGAGCCAAGCAGGAAAUCAAGCACAGGGUCCACAGACAAUCCCAUUGCAUUCUUUGCCUCAAGUUAUGCAAAUCCCCCUUUCAGGAUCAGCUGUACCGAUUCCUUCACUUCUUACGCCAAUGCCUGAUUCUUUGCACACACUUUCUGAGUUUAUGAACCGCAUGGAGCAGGCGUUUUCACGUAAUGGUUAUCAGUCAAAUCCAUCACCAACCAACACAGGAGACAUGCCUACGGUGGAACUACCUUCAAAUGCACGAGGCAUGCCGACACCUGAAGCAUUGGGCAUUGUUUUGCGGCAUGCUCAGCGGAUUUUGAAUGAUCAUGCUAUUGCUGCACUUUCUCAUAUUUCAGGGCGUUUAGAGAGAGGGGCUUCCGAAGCUGAUCCUAAUAUGAGGAGCCAAAUUCAGACAGAAUCAAUGCAAGUAGGGCUUGCAAUGCAACAUCUUGGUGCCCUUUUUCUAGAGCUUGGUCGCACAAUUCCGACACUACGUAUGGGACAGUCUCCUGCUGAAUCUUUUGUUAAUGCUGGGCCAGCAGUUUUUAUAUCUCCAUUGGGGCCUAAUCCUAUAAUGGUUCAGCCAUUUCCUCCUCAAAUGAGCCCCUUUUUUGGCAGCCCUGCUGUUCCUCCAUUGAAUCCUGGAAUUUUUGCUCCUGUUGGUAUUGGAAGUGGUCCAAGGCAUAUAAACAUUCAUAUACAUACUGGAACCUCACUUGCACCUAUUGUCUCAACAGUUGGUAUGAGGGCAAGUAAUGGGGAAGGGACGCAGGGUGAAAAUGCUAAUGGAACUGGUUCCACUGAGUCAGGUCCGGCAAGGGUACUGCCUGUUAGAAAUGUAAUUGCUGCCACCAUCCCAUCCCGCCCGUCUGGUGUUACGGUUUCAAGUGCAGCACAACCCGGAGUCCCUGUUUCACAGGCCCCUCCUGACUCAGCUUCCCUAUCAGAUAUUGUUGCUGAGGUCAAUUCACGAAUUAGAAAUUUUGUUGAUAACAUUAGGGGAGAGAACCAGGGUUCAACAGGGAGAACAGAGACUUCAAGCGUUCAGAGUCUGCCUAUUGGAUCUGUUUCAGGUAAUGAUGAAGGGAGUCUUCAGGUUGGCAGCAUGUCAGUUAAUGGAGAUAGAGAGACCAGUGUAUCUUCCCCCAUGUGUGAAGGGGAAGGUAAGAAGCAGGUUUCUCAGGAACACUCCCAGGUCAGCAAUAAUGAUGAUGCUGGGCUUGCUUUAAGCUCAAUUAAUGUGUCAUCAAGUUGCACAACAGGAGAAUCUCUGAGCUGUUCUGGUGGUCAUAAUUCAAUGAAGUCUGUAAAUGCUUCGGAAGAUGCUCUGAAGUCCAUCCAGAACACUGAUGGUUCUGAGAGCACUGAAGCAGUUCCUCUUGGAUUGGGGUUGGGAGGUUUACAACCUAAGAGGCGAAGUAGGCAGUCAAAGUCACAGAACAAGAGUGGUUACCCUGGACCUUCUAGCACUCCUCUCAAUCUGAACCAGCAGUCUACACCAAGCAGCCAACCACUUCUGCAAUCUCUUGCAUCGCAUAGCUCAGUUGCAAAUGGAACAGAUUCAAAUGAUCCAUCAUCAGGACAAGUACCACCUAUGCUUGAACAGAUUAUGGGUGGUUUGCCGCUUGGAGGGCAAGGUCCUGAUGGUCAAUUUGAUGCAGCUAACGUCAUGUCUCAGGUUCUCCAUAGUCCUGCUUUAAAUGGUUUGUUGGCAGGGGUUUCAGAGCAAACUGGGGUUGGUUCCCCUGGUGUCUUCAGAAAUAUGUUGGAACAGUUUACUCAGAGCCCAGUUAUGAGAAACGCCGUCAAUCAAAUUGCUCAACAAGUUGACAGUCGAGAUCUUGGGAAUAUGUUUUCAGGUUUGGGAAGAGGCCAAGGUGGUGGAAUUGAUUUGUCCAGGAUGGUUCAGCAGAUGAUGCCCAUCGUUUCUCAAGCUCUCGGCAGUGGCCCAAACUUUGCUGAACAGUUCCCAAAUGUUGAAGCUGAACGAGUGUCUUGCCUUGAUGAACUAAAAUCAAAUGGAGGUGAUGCAUCAGAUUAUCAGAAUUUGCAGCUUGAUCUUGAACAAGUGAUUCAAAGGAUUGAAGAACAUCAUCCACCAGCUGAUAUUUUUCACUCAGUAGUUGAGAGUGCCGUUCGUUUCACUGGCAACAGAAAUUAUCCUGAAGAUCUCAUGAAUGAGUUGUGCAGCGACGAAUAUCUUGCUAGUGAAUAUGUGGAGAUGCUUCGACGUGAUCUAAGCCAUCGGCUUCAGGGCAAAUCCAGACCAGCAGACAGCUCCUGAUUUUCCCCCUUGCUAUGAGAGAAGAUGGUCGUCACCUGGAGGUUUCAGAUAGCCGCCUUUGCAUGAUUUGGGCUGGUUCCCUUCCCUUGUGGGUUUUUGUAAAAAUCAUUUUGGGACUUUUAAUGCCCUCCCAAUUAUAGUUGGACUAAACUCAACUUAUUUAGUGUAUCAAAAAUCAGUAUCAUAUCUCAAUUUAACUGUUUCCUUUGUUUUUUUCCC